GUAACUUAUUAAAAGAGAACUAUGGAGGGCCUCCUUUAAGUCAACAGGGACUUUUUUUUUUUUUUGUUUGUCUCAAAGGUCACAUCUAAGUCAAACAUGGAAUACUAAAAGAAAUAUGUGUGCAUAUUGUACCGCUAUGUUCUCUUACUUAGCGUGGUGUGAAAGUGCUGCUCCGGCCUCUUUAGUUAGUUUGUUCUGCAGAAACUGGCUGAUGGAAAGUCAACAAUACUAUGUAAAUGCUCUGCAAACGUUAGUUAUGGAGCAACCUGUCUGUCAGUCAGGUCUUCCAGUCUCCGUUGGUGCCAUGGCUGACCCAAGCUGGUGGAAGCUGACCUUCUCACGCAAAAAGAAAUCCGAAUCCAAAGUCCUGUACGAGAUCCCGGCCGAGUAUGGCAGCAACACCGGGAAUAAAGAGCACUCGAGCAACAAUAACCCUAACCCUCCGGACCAAAAUAUGGACAGUCAGUUCAACGCCAGACUGGAGAAGAUCGUCGAUAAAUCUGCCACCAAAGGCCGCCACGUCAAGGUCUCCAACUCCGGUCGCUUCAAGGAGAAGAAGAAGGUCCGGGCCACGUUGGCGGAGAACCCGAACCUGUUCGCGGAGCACAACCUGAGUGACGAGAACCAUAAAAAGAAGACUGAGAAAUAACCAACGUGCUCAAACCACAAACACCAAGAACGCACAUAUAUACCUGAUCACACAUGUGUCAUAUAUCAGCGUCACACUCAUACAAAGCUUGAAGCACAACCAUGCAGGGUGGAUACCGUUGCUAAGCACCACGCCCCCGGUAACCAAUGGACUCACACCUGAAUAAACACCUGCUAUCUACAUCAGACAUUUACAGACGUGAAGGGGGAAGCUACACAAAGAACUUGAAACACUUCUCUUUGGACUUUUGUAAAAGUUUGACCCUAAAACUGAAAAUUAGACACUGAUGUUUUAUUUCUUUAACCCUUCCUGUUGUCCUCCCGGGUCAAAUUGACCCCACUACUCUUUUGACAGUUCCUUCUUUCCUUCCUUCCUUCCUCUUUCUUUAAUUUUUCCUUCAUUCUUCCCCUCCUUACUCCUUUCUUUCCUUCCUUCCUUCC